AUGCUUCUGUGGGCUUGCAGGCAAUUCAUGUCAUCAAUCUUGAAUGGAGACAGGACUGGCAGAUUACUCAAAUACAAUAAAUCAAACAAAGAAGUAACGGUUUUACUACGAGGUCUUGCCUUUGCCAACGGUGUUGCAUUGAGCAAAGACCACUCUUUUGUGCUAGUGGCUGAAACCACUACUUGCAGGAUCUUGAGGCUUUGGCUUCAUGGUCCAAAUGCUGGAAAUACUGAUACUUUUGCAGAGCUUCCAGGAUUCCCAGACAACGUAAGAAGGAACUCGAAAGGGGAGUUUUGGGUUGCACUGCAUGCAAAGAGGGGAUUUUUCGCUAAGUGGUUUGUCUCUAACAAAUUGGUUGGGAAGUCACUGCUAAAGCUUCCCCUUGAUUUUAAACAACUGCAUUCGCUACUAGUCGGAGGGAAGGCUCAUGCAACUGCUAUCAAGUUAAGCGAUAGAGGUGAAAUUUUGGAAGUUUUGGAAGAUUGUGAGGGAAAGAAUAUGAGAUUCAUUAGUGAAGUGGAGGAGAAGGAUGGCAAGCUGUGGAUUGGGUCAGUUUUAAUGCCAUUUCUAGGCAUUUAUGAACUGUAG